ACUCGUUGGCCGAUACUUAAACCCACAACUUUUGCUCCUCCGAUUUAUUCCUGCUGCAGCAAACGCUCAAAUCGGUCAAAUCUCAAAUUAUGUACUCAAAUGUCUGUAAAAUUGUGACUAACAUUCACAUUGUACGGACAGAUGUCAGCGGCGAUAAUCCGAUAUAAUGAAAAUAAAUUAAGCAGUGACAUAGUAUCCCAAGUAUCAUAGUCAAAAUUCAAAAUCCAUUUUGGAGAUAAAUUCAAUAGACAAUAAUUAAUUUUCAAAAUUUGAAUAAAGUGAAAAUUUAUGGCGAAUUGGAAUUAAGAAGGGGAAACAGUGGAUUUCCAUCGCAAAAGGUAUCUCCUAGUGUCUUUCGAUGUGUAACUUUGAGAGAAAGGUGACGUCGAGUACUGAUCUCGAUCUGAUGCGGCAUCGGUAGCUUCGUCUAUUUUUCGAGUUUCGAGUUUCGACGUUUUUUACUGUUUUAUUUCAUUGUUGUGCGACUCAAGUUGUUCAUGGAUACUGUGGGGAUUACUAAAGAGGAAGUUCUCAGAAGUUGAUUUAUCGCAAGGACAUUAAUACCUGUGGUAACGUGAAGUGAACAAAUAUUUUUGGUUCCUUAAAAAACCCUUUGAGACGCCAGUCAGUUUGUCGAUCGAGCUUUGAAAUGGCAUCAGCAGCAGCGGAAUUAGUGGCUGAGCGGGAGCCAGAGCCAUUACUAAAAAUGCAGGAUACAAAUCGCACCUUCGUAGGGGCAGAAGGCCUAGUGCGAAUGGCCUUGGAGCAGUACACAGAGAUUCUGGAGACAGCAUCAGACCCAAGAGUCAGUGACUGGCCUCUCAUGGACUCCCCAAUUCCAACAUUUUUAAUCGUUAUACUUUAUCUGUAUGGGGUGACUCUACUAGGGCCAAGAAUGAUGGCCAAUAAAAAGCCUUAUCGGCUUAAAACUAUACUUAUCGCAUACAACGCCUUCCAAGUUAUUUUUUCACUGGGAAUGCUUUACGAGCAUUUAAUGUCUGGUUGGCUCUCGGAGUACAGUUACAAGUGCCAGCCCGUUGAUUACUCCCACAAUCCAACAGCAAUGCGAAUGGCUAAUUUGUGCUGGUGGUACUUCAUCAGCAAAUUCACGGAAUUCGCUGACACAAUAUUUUUUGUACUGCGCAAGAAGGACACUCAGGUGACAUUUUUGCAUCUGUAUCAUCACUCAUUGACCCCACUGGAGACCUGGAUAUGCGUCAAAUUUAUAGCAGGUGGACAUGGUACCCUUGGCAAUCUCAUAAACAAUGCUGUACACGUAGUUAUGUAUGCUUACUAUAUGCUCUCGGCAAUGGGACCGGACUAUCAGAAAUACCUCUGGUGGAAGAAGCAUCUGACAACAGUACAAUUGGUGCAAUUCUUCUUAGUAUUCGUUCACAGUGCUCAGGCCCUAGUUUUCGACUGUGGCUACCCAAAAUUAGUAGCCGCCCUGCUUCUCCUCCACUCAACGAUAUUCUUCGUCCUUUUCUCCGACUUUUACCUUCGCGCAUAUCGUAAGACGAAAACAACACUUGUGAAGCAACUCAAGAAUGAAUAAAUUGAUUGUAAAUGCAAAUGCAAAGAUAACGAAAGACAAUGGGGGGAAUGAAAAUUCAGUGAAAAUGAAUUCUCAUCUCAUCGGUCUAAAAUACUUUUGCUCUUCCAUGGAGAGCGAUCAGUAUUUCACUGUCUUGACAUUUUUUUUGAGACGCUUGAAUGUUGAUCCGUUCAGCGAACAAAUAAUUAACUGAUGAUACUUCAUUGUCAUGUACUUAUUGUCUAGAAUUUUUCAAUUUCCAAUUUUUACUCCCAGUGAAAUUGACAACGUUAUUUAUGAUACGAUAUGAUGUGAAUUAUUAAUCAUUUAUUAUACACAGUUUUCUUGUGGCACUUUGUGACUGUAAAUAAUUAUGCUCAAUAUAUAUUUUUAAUUGUA